AGUACACUCCAUACAACUCACAUUUCCAGAAACCCCAAGUUACACUCCAAAUCAAACCCUCAAAUCUUUCACGAUUUUACCCCUAAUCCCUUGUCCUCGGGAUUUUACUUUCACGUGAUUCUGAGCUCUGUCUCAUCCAGACAGCUCCAACUCUCUGCUCUGAUCGUCCUAGCUUUUGUCUUUUAUCACGUACUCUGCUUGCUUGCCUUCUCUGCCCUCUUCUCUCUUUCAUACAUUCACCCCAAAACCCCAAUCAAUGGGCAACUAGCAAAAUAAUACCCAGUUCGUUUUAUACUUGUUUCAGCCACAAUGCUCAUCAACAAAUGGAAACUACCCUCAUUUCCUCUGUUUCUACUAUUCACCUCUGUUUUCCUCUCAUUUUGCACCACCUCAGUUACCAGUUCUUCAGUGAACUCAUCAUCCUCUUCAAACCCCUCAGAUGCUGUUGCGCUUCUUGAUUUCAAAGCAAAAGCUGAUUUGAGCAGCGCACUUCCCUUCUCAAACACCACCCUCCAAUAUUUGUGUCAAUGGGCUGGGAUCGAAUGCGCGAAAUCGAGAGUGGUCCGGUUAGUAAUCCAAGACUUGGAUCUCGGCGGUGUUUUCGCACCGGACACUCUGACCCGCCUGGACCAACUCCGAGUCCUGAGUCUCCAGAAUGACUCGCUCACCGGGCCGGUUCCCGAUCUCUCCGGACUCUUCAACCUCAAAACCCUCUUCCUUGAUCACAACUCAUUCUCCGGUUCUCUUCCGCAUUCCCUCUCCUCUCUCCAUAGGCUUCGAACCCUUGAUUUCUCUUAUAACAACCUCACCGGUCCAUUGCCCGAAUGGCUGAGCGGUCUGAACCGGCUCUACUAUCUCCGCCUCGAGUGGAACCGCUUCAACGGAACCGUCCCGCCUCUGAACCAGUCCUCUCUCCAAACCUUUAACGUCUCCGGAAACAACCUCACCGGCGUCGUACCGGUCACUCCGACUCUCCUCCGCUUCGGACCGUCAUCGUUCUUGUGGAACCCUAGUCUUUGCGGCGAGAUCAUUCGCAUAGAAUGCCACCCAAACGCACCGUUUUUCCGUCCGGCGACUCCGUCUACAGUUCCCACGGCUCCGUCGCCUAGUCGCGCACUCGGGCUGAGAACCGGUCAGGGCGUUGAGUUGACUGAGCCGUGUCACAAGAAGCGCAAGAGAACCGCCGUCCUCAUCGGCUUCUCUUCCGCCGUGUUCGUCCUGAUCUGCUCGAUCCUCUGCUUCGUCCUGGCCGUCAAGAAACAGAGGAAGCACGUCAAAAGGACGGACUUGUCCUCGGACGACGCGGCGGCGGCGCAGGCGGCGGCGGCGGUGCAGAUGGAGCAGGAGGAGCUGGAGCAGAAGGUGAAGAGAGUUCAGGGGAUUCAGGUGGUGAAGAGCGGGAGCUUGUUGUUCUGUGCGGGCGAGGCGCAGGUGUACUCGCUGGACCAGCUGAUGAGGGCGUCGGCGGAGCUUUUGGGAAGAGGGACGCUGGGGUCCACCUACAAGGCGGUGCUGGACAACCGUCUGAUCGUCUGCGUUAAACGGCUGGAUGCUAGUGUGUUGGAGGGUACGGGUAGGGAAGCCUUCGAGAGGCACUUGGAAUCGGUGGGAGCGCUCCGGCAUCCGAACCUGGUUCCGCUCCGAGCUUAUUUUCAGGCCAAAGAAGAGAGGCUCCUCAUCUACGAUUACCAGCCCAACGGCAGCCUCUUCUCCCUCAUUCACGGUUCAAAAUCAACGAGGGCAAAGCCUCUGCACUGGACAUCAUGCUUGAAAAUAGCAGAGGACGUAGCGCAAGGCCUCUCUUACAUCCACCAAGCAUGGAGGCUUGUCCACGGAAAUCUCAAGUCCUCCAACGUGCUACUUGGCUCCGACUUUGAGGCAUGUGUCACUGACUACUGCCUCUCCGUUCUCGCUACUAGUCUUCCGCCAUGGGAGGAGGAGAACCCUGAUUCUGCUGCCUACAAAGCACCAGAGACUCGCCAUUCAAAUCACUCACCAACUCCCAAGUCUGAUGUGUAUGCAUAUGGUAUUUUGCUGGUGGAACUUCUCACGGGGAGGCCUCCGUCGCAGCACUUAGUUUCGGUGCCCCCAAAUGACAUGAUGCAAUGGGUGAGGUCUGUGAGGGAAGAAUCAGAUCAUGAUGGUGGUGGUGGUGGUGAUUCAGAAGAGAGUAGUAAUAAGAUGGGAAUGCUGCUGGAGGUGGCCAUAACUUGUAGAACAGCUUCGCCGGAGCAGAGACCGACUAUGUGGCAGGUUUUGAAGAUGUUGCAGGAGAUUAAAGAGAAUGUGGCCGCGGAUGAAACUGACACCGAGUUAAUGGGAUCAUGUCCUCGCUAGCUCUAGUCACUGCUGCAACAAACUAGGAGUGUAGUAGUAUUCGAUAGAAAUGAAUGAAAGAAAUAGCUAGCUAGAUGAAAACAUGAUAUGCAAUAUUAAUUGUUACUUCUUCUGCCACGGCAUUGUUUUUGUGCUCUGUUCUUCACCUAUCAUGUAUUUUUGUUGGCCAUUUACUCAAGUUAAUGCGAUAUUAAUUGUCACUUUAGUUC